CGCUGCCGCUGAUUGGCUUCUGAUGCCGGUGUAGUUAGGUUGUCCGCGUAGCUGCCCUCUGCGUGCAGUGACAAGAAGCAAACAUGGCAGCCGGUAGCUUGCGGUUCUUGGGACAGAGCUUUGGGAUGUUAUUGCGGGCAAAGCAAACACCGGUCCGGACAUGCGGACGACUUCUGUGCACAGCAACUCAGCAGCAAAACAAAUCUGAUCAGAGCAGCGAAGAAGAUAAAAGUAAAGUCCAGAACGAAGAGAGCCCUGACCCGUAUCUGGCAGAGAAGGCAAAACUUGAAGACCAACUGAAAGAUGUCACAGAUAAGUAUAAGCGAGCUCUGGCUGACACCGAAAACUUGAGGCAGAGGAGUCAAAAGCUGGUAGAAGAUGCCAAGUUAUACGGGAUUCAAGGAUUCUGCAAGGACCUUCUUGAGGUUGCAGAUAUAUUGGAGAAGGCAACAGAAAGUGUCCCUAAAGAAGAGAUCAAAGAUGAUAAUCCUCACCUGAAGAGCCUGUAUGAGGGGCUUGUCAUGACUGAAGUACAGAUGCAAAAAGUGUUUAAAAAGCAUGGGGUAGUCAAACUAAAUCCUGUAAAUGCCAAGUUUGACCCGUAUGAACACGAGGCGCUGUUUCACGCCCCUGUAGAAGGGAAGGAGCCUGGAACAGUAGCGUUGGUAACGAAAGUUGGGUAUAAACUCCAUGAGCGCACCUUGAGGCCUGCCUUAGUUGGUGUAGUUAAAGGACCAUAAUUGUAUUUUUUUUAUUUUUAAAAUAAAGGCUGUACAUUUAUUAAA